AUGUCAGAGGCAGCUGAUGAUACGAUAAUUAAAAUUGAACCACAAGAAUAUCCAAUCGAAGACAUCAAAGAGGAAAUUGAAAAAGACCCUGAAUCCUGUUCAGAGGAUGAAGAAACAUGCCAGAAGAGGUUUACAGAUUCCAUAGUAAAAAUAGAAGAUGCCCAACAGGAAUUAUUUCAGGCGCCUCCUUAUAAAUGUGACAAGUAUGAUAGGACAUUUACAGGGAUGUACAAUUUAAAACAGCAUAUGUUAGUGCAUGAACAUGAAUGUAAAUUUUGUUCAAAGACUUUUCCAGAAGCAAGUGCAUUAGAAGUGCAUCUCAAAUCUCAUACAGAUGAAAAACAUUUCAAAUGUACAGAGUGUGAUAAUGCAUUUACUACAAAAUAUCAUUUAGAUCAACACAUAUGUGCUCAUGCCACAGAACAAACUUCACACUUGAACGAAUCUGGUAAUCAAAAACAAAAAAUUCAUGCUGAUACUGCAAAGAGACCUUAUAAAUGUCAACUAUGUGAUAAAGCAUUCAUAAGAUCGAGUCAUUUGAAUCGUCAUAUGCUCAUUCACACUGGGGAACGCCCUAAUAAAUGUGAAAUAUGUGAUAAGACAUUCAAACGAUUGGAUGAUUUGAGUAGACAUAUGCUCAGUCACACUGGUGAACGAGCUCAUAUUUGUAGAAUAUGUGAUAAGAAGUUUAUACAUUUGUGUAAUUUGAAUCAACAUAUGCUCAUUCAUAGAGGGGAACGCUCUACUAAAUGUACAAUAUGUGAUAAGACAUUCUUAAGAUUGGAUAGUUUGAAAAGACAUAUGCUCGUUCACACUGGUGAACGCUCUAAUAAAUGUACAAUAUGUGAUAAGACAUUCUCACAAUCAAGUGGCUUGAAUCAACACAUGCUAACUCACACUGCGGAACGUCCUCAUGAAUGUGAAAUAUGUGAUAAGACAUUCAUUCGUUUGAGUAAUUUGAAUCGACAUAUGCUCAUUCACACUGGGGAACGUCUUAAUAAAUGUACAAUAUGUGAUAAGGCAUUUGCACAAUUGAGUGGCUUGAAUAGACAUAUGCUCAUUCACACUGAGGAACGUCCUAACAAAUGUACAAUAUGUGAUAAGACAUUCAAACGAUUGGAUGAUUUGAGUAGACAUAUGCUCACUCACACUGGUGAACGAGAUCAUAUUUGUAAAAUAUGUAGUAAGAAGUUCAUACAUUUGUGUCAUUUGAAUCAACAUAUGCUCAUUCACACUGGGGACCGCCCAAAUAAAUGUACAAUAUGUGAUAAGGCAUUUGCACAAUCGAGUGUCUUGAAAAGACAUAUGCUCAUUCACACUGGGGAACGCCCAAAUAAAUGUACAAUAUGUGAUAAGGCAUUUGCACAAUCGAGUGUCUUGAAAAGACAUAUGCUCAUUCACAGUAGGCAAAAUAUGUGA